AUGUGUGAUGCAGAAACUCACGGCGACUUCAUGAAAGCCCUAACAGGCGGCAGUAUUUGCAUUCCUUCAUUUUUCAGUGAAGAGGAAAGCAGUGCGAUUUUCAAAGCCCUUUUAAGCGAACUUUCUUCUUAUUCGGGGGAGGAAGCCGCAGCAGCUUCAUCCGAUGCUGCACCAGAACAACCACAGGAACCUGCUGCUGCUGCCUCACCUGCUGCUGCUGCUGCACCUAGUGCCUCAGCUGUUGCUGCUGCAGCACCUGCUGCUGCUGCUGCCUCACCUGCUGCUGCUGCUGCUGAAAGCGAACAAACAGGAGGGCUGAGCACCGCGGGUAUGUGCAAAUGGUCUCGGCACCUGAAGCACGAAAACCCUGACGGUUUUCCUACUUUUCAGAAAGUAGUGAAGAGGAUUUCAAGUUAUUUCGACUUGGAUAUAUUUGCAACAAGAAUGAAUGUAUACCCUGAUGGUUCUCAUUGGAAGCCCCAUCAUCACGACUCGCACGCCUAUUCUUCAGAAAAAUUACAAGCUGAGGACUUCACCGUAGGGGCUUCCUUUGGGGGCCAGCGGUCUCUUGAAUUUGCACAUGUUAAGAGCGGAAUGAAAUUUCGUUUUCCGCAGCCAAGCGGCGCUAUUUUCGCUUUCAAUUCGCUUGUUAAUAAAACGUUUACCCACGGAGUUCCUGCAGAACCUGCCAAUAGUGUAGGCCCUCGAAUUUCAAUUAUCGUCUGGGGUAGAAGGCGCUCCUUGAACAAGUUGAAUGCAUGCCAAAGUGAAUUGAUGGGCGUUUGA